AUGAAGGCGCGCCUAGCAGGCGGUCGCUUCCGAUCGCUCAACGAGACGUUCUACACGUCGGAUGGGGACAAGACGGCGUUACCACAAGGGCUACCGGGAGGUGGUGCGCCUUUUUCCAUUCCAUCCCAUUCCAUCCCAUUCCAUCACAUUCCAUCCCAUUCCAUCCCAUUCCAUCCCAUUCCAUCCCAUCCCAUCCCAUUCCAUCCCAUUCCAUCCCAUCCCAUCCCAUUCCAUCCCAUUCCAUCCCAUUCCACCCCCUCCCCAUCCCACCCCACCACAUUCCACCCCAUCCCACCUCAUCCAUGCACACAUGAACAGUACCACGAAGGCUAUCGGGAGCAGGUGGCGUCCUGGCCAAUCAACCCUCUCCACGUCAUCAUUGACUGGAUCCGCCAGUGCCCAGCCACCCUCACAGUGGCCGACUUCGGCUGCGGCGAGGCCAAGCUAGCAGCCAGCGUGCCCAACAAGGUGAUCUCCUUAGACCUGGUGGCUGCUGCUCCCCAUGUGAUCGCAUGCAACAUGGCUCAUACUCCCCUACAAGAUUCGUCAGUCAACAUCGCAGUCUUCUGCCUCUCGCUCAUGGGAGCAGACUACCCUUCCUUCCUCUCUGAAUCCCACCGCGUGUUGCAGCCUGGGGGCUCUCUCAUUAUUGCGGAGGUCAGGAGCCGGUUCGACCCCACCACAGGAGGGGCAGAGUUGAAAGACUUUCUCGCUGCACUCAAACACCUAGGGUUCCGCCUCGUUACCAAGGAUUUGAGCAACAAGAUGUUUCUCCUCCUCUUCCUUGAGAAGGUGCAGGCGGAGGUGAGUGACAGGAAAGGAAUUUACUCAAGUGACAGGUAA